AAUUAGAAAGGAAAAAAGGAGGGAGAGAGCAUGGUUGGAUGGAGAGAAAAUCCCAAGCAUGUUGGUUUGAAAGAGGGAAGAGACGAAAAUGGGACAUUGCAUUGGCCGGAAAUAUAAAGAGAAACGCAUGGAAUAUGAUUCCGUCAAAGCCGGUCAUCAUACUAGGACUGUGACCGGGCCUUGGAACGGUCAGACGGGCAGCCUCGUAUAGGUGACCCGGGCAGUUUUAUUUUUAUUUAUUUAUUUUAUCCUAGUCUUUUGUCUUUGUCUUUGAAUGACCAAACUCCAUGAUUGGUUGUUUGGCUAACCUCAUACCCUGUUUGGUUCCGUGGAAAAACAAGAUUGAUUCUGGAAAACAAUUUUUUUUUCACAGUUCUCAAACCACCGUUCCAAACCAGUUUAGUAGAUGGUGGCCAACUCCACGAGGGAACACAAGAGGGAAUGAAGGGUGGAAUCCGGGCUACUCGUCCAACGAAUCUGAAUCAAAUUUGAGUGGCCAGGUUUAUUCGAGGGCUCUCUCUUGGAUUAUAGAUCUUGGGUUGGUUUAGGCAGCAGCAGGUUAUACUUGGGUCACGGAUACAAAUUUAGCUUCUGAAAUCAAAAGGUUUGCUGGCUUGCUGUCUGACAUCUACAUUCCCCAAGUUUCAUAGUUUAGUAGGCCAGAAAAAAGUUAACGAUCUUGGAAGUUCCAUUUCUGCAGUCUAGCUUUCUUUAAGUUUCUGAAAGCAUGAAAAGAUUGAAGUUUCUUCUUUCCUCCUGGAAUGAUAAAUGACAAAUGUAUCAACCUAAGGCUGUUCCUAGUCCAAGUUUAGUUCACAACAACUCGUUAGUUCAUGGUCAGCAUUCAGAUUGUGGUGCCAACACAAUGGAUCCCAUCAAUGGAGGAAACAGUCUCAACAACAACCCUAGUCUCGCUUCAAAGCAACGAUUGCGUUGGACUCAUGAGCUUCAUGAACGCUUUGUUGAUGCUGUUGCACAACUUGGUGGUCCAGACCGGGCUACACCCAAAGGUGUCCUUAGAGUCAUGGGUGUGCAAGGUUUAACAAUAUACCAUGUCAAAAGCCAUUUGCAGAAAUAUCGACUUGCAAAGUACCUUCCGGACUCAUCAUCUGAUGGGAAAAAAGCUGACAAGAAAGAGUCUGGGGAUAUGCUUUCCAGUUUGGAUGGUUCUUCUGGGAUGCAAAUUACUGAGGCACUCAAGCUGCAGAUGGAGGUGCAAAAGCGACUGCAUGAGCAAUUGGAGGUGCAAAGACAGCUUCAGUUGCGAAUAGAAGCCCAAGGAAAGUACUUGAAGAAGAUAAUAGAAGAGCAACAGCGACUCAGUGGGGUUAUUACAGAAGUGCCUGGUUCCGGAGUUCCUGUCCCAGUAUCAGGUGACAACUGUCUAGAAUCCGACAAGACUGACCCAGCAACUCCUGCACCAACCUCGGAGGGGCCCCUCCUAGAUAAGGCUGCGAAGGAAACUGCUCCAGCCAAGAGUCUUUCAAUAGAUGAAUCUUUUUCAUCCCAUCAUGAGCCACUGACACCAGAUUCCGGUUGCCAUGUCAAUUCCCCUGGUGAGAGCCCAAAAGGUGAGAGAUCAGUGAAGAAGCAGCGGGUGAGCAUAGGUGCAGCAUAUGCCAAACAAGAGAUGGUUCUUACGCACCAGAUACUAGAGUCAAGCUUAAGUUCCUCCUUCCAUCAACCACAUUCAGUUUUUCUGAACAGAGAUCAAUUUGAUCCUCAAGCAGGGAUAUCAAUCAGCAAUGAAGACCAACUGGAAAAGGUUCCAAGCAGCAAUCACUAGGUCAGUAUGCUGCAUGGUAUUUUCUGGGCUUAAUUUAUACCCUGUAUGUGUAGUUGCUAGGAAAAAAAUUUCAUUAGGUCAAGGAACCAAUGUUGAGUUUAGAUGUCAUGAGACAAUUAGGUUUAAGACACUUUUAUUGGAACUUACUCUUUUUUUUAGAAAAAAAAAAAAACCUGGGGUUUCAUCAAAUGAGAUGAUUACUGUGUACAGGGGUGGAGAUGUGAUUGAGAUAACCGUAAACCCCAUUGGGUAUUGCAUCAUUUAUAAUGUUGGAUGCUUCUAUUUCAUUAA